UUUCAACGGCAGACAAAAAUUUGCAGGCCGAAGCAACGGGAGCGAAACAGACUGGGAGCGAGUAUUAGGAAUGGCGCCUAAAAGGGAGAAGGACGCCACUACCGUGGUGGAGCUCGACAGCGACGACGAGAACGGCGCCGGACCACAAAAUCAGACAAACAAACCACCGCCGCAGACGACAUCCCAACCUCUGCAACAGCCUGUGAUCCCCAACUAUCAAACCCUAGAAUCUCGUAGUUUCUGGCGAGCCGGCGAUUAUGCAGUGGGUCCCACCAGCAGGGCCUCCAUUGCACAGGGGCAGCUUGAGCACGCCCGAGUCCAUCCCAAGUUUCUUCACUCCAAUGCCACUUCGCACAAAUGGGCUUUUGGCGCCAUUGCUGAGCUCUUGGAUAAUGCUGUUGAUGAGGUGCAAAAUGGUGCAACUUUCGUGAGUGUCGAUAAAAUCGACAUUGCGAAAGAUAACUCUCCAGCCUUACUUUUCCAAGAUGAUGGCGGUGGAAUGGAUCCCGAAGGUAUGCGCAAAUGCAUGAGCUUGGGGUAUUCUACAAAGAAGGCAAACACGACUAUUGGGCAAUAUGGUAAUGGAUUCAAGACAAGCACUAUGCGGCUAGGUGCUGAUGUAAUUGUUUUCAGUCGUGCAAUUCGUGCAGGAAAAGCUACCCAGAGUGUUGGUCUUUUAUCUUACACAUUCCUACGGAGAACUGGGCAGGAUGACGUUAUUGUUCCAAUGGUUGAUUAUGACAUCUCUGGAAAUUGGGUGGAACCAAUAAUUUAUGGCUCACAGGAUGACUGGACUUCUAAUUUGAAAACAAUCUUAGAAUGGUCUCCCUUUGCAUCAAAGGACGAUCUCAUGGGACAGUUUGAGGAAAUCGGAUUGCAUGGAACAAGAAUACUUAUAUACAAUUUGUGGCUAAAUGAUGAAGGAAUAUAUGAGCUGAGUUUCGAUGAUGAUGAUGAGGAUAUACGGUUGAGAGAAGAAGCUACCCGUGUAACUUCGGUUGUAGCACAAAGGAAAAUCAACGAUAUACAAUCACAUAUAUCUUACCGUAUCCGCUUUUCAUUGAGGGCUUAUGCUUCCAUUCUGUACCUCAGAAGAUUUACAGACUUCAAGAUUAUACUAAGGGGAAAACCUGUACAGCAAUAUGAUAUUAAAGAUGACUUGAAAUAUGUAGACAUUGUACCGUACAAGCCUCAGCUGGCUAUAUUGAAAGAGGUUACAGUGGAAACAACCAUUGGAUUCAUUAAAGAGGCACCUGCACUUGCAGUUAGUGGCUUCAAUUUGUACCACAAGAAUCGCCUCAUCAGGCCCUUCUGGAAAGUCACAGCUGAUGGUUCUUCAAAGGGGAAUGGUGUUGUUGGAAUUCUUGAAGCAAAUUUUAUAGAGCCCGCACAUGAUAAGCAGGAUUUUGAGAGAUCUUCAUUGUUUACCCGGCUUGAAAAUAGGCUGAAACAAAUGGUAAAUGAUUUCUGGAAAAGCAAAUGUCACUUUGUGGGAUAUCAGCCUAUUGGUUUUACUCGCAACCUGCCAAAGGACCCGACGUAUAAAUCUUCUGCUAGAGAUGGACCAAAUUCGAUGAAUCUUGACCAAACUAUGGAUGACCUUCCUGCUAAUAUUGUACAAGAUACGAGCAAUGGGCAGCAUGGAAGUGGCCACCAAACUGGUUUUGAAAACGAUUCGCCAACUAUGUCAAAUGAGGUAGUGGGGUCUGCGGACGAUAUAGAGCCCAUGACAGUUGAUCAGAUAUGCGAAGAGAAUAUACAACUUUUCAUGAGGUGUGAUGCACAGAUGCAGAAGGAGUCUGAGUUGAGGAAGACGGUUGAAAACCUAGAGAAGGAGUUGGAGCUGGCCAAAAGGAAGAACGCACAACUUGCUUCAUAUCUAGAGACGAAGAGGAAGCACAAGAUGUUGAAACAACCUACUGAAAAUGAUUUGAUAAAAUCAUAGAACUACAUUCUGUACCGGUCACUGCAACCAGACCAAUGUCUAACCAAGCUACACACCGACGCUUCUCCUUCAAAAUGUGUAGAGAAAGUAGCUAGAAAUCAGAUGCUUCUGUACUUUCCUUUGUCCGGUGGACAGCACUUAACGGCCGGACUCCGACUUUGUUGUGGAUGUCACAGUUUAUGAAGAGCGCACAAGAGUUGGGAAUAAUGUAUAUGAAUGUAUGUAGUGAAAUGUGAAAAAGAAGGGCUAAUCUUUUUACUGGACAAGCUUCAAAUAUUUUUAUUUUCUAA